AAAUAUUUGUUUACAUUUGAAAAAACAUUGAAUUUUUUUUGUUGUGAUUUAAUGAUUGAUUUAUGAAUCCAAUGAAGUUAUGAGCAAAGAAACUGAUCCCAAGACAACUACUACUACGGCUCGACUGGUGGCCAAUGGCGGCGACGAUGAGGACCUCACCGGUGAUCGCCAAAAGAAACGACAGAAGAUAACAAGCAGUUCCGUCGCCGCCGCCGCCGCCAAUGGCCAGGACAUCAUCGAUGACAUCGAUGUCGUCAAUAUCAACGACAACUAUCUCCGCCCGAAACGUUUGGAUCAGUUGACCGAAUGGUACAGAACGGGUGUUAAGCCGACGCCGACCACUGCCGCCGCCGCCGAUGAUGAGGUGAUCGCCGCCACCACUGUCGCCGCUGUCGUCGACAAAGACAUCCAAUUGAUUACAAAGCCGUUCAAAGUGAUGGCAUUUAACGACUUUAUCGACGACGACGACAACAACCAAGACUUUUUGGCUGAACUCAAGCGUGAGAUCAAUCAGUUGGACUUGACGUCGAAGAACAACGACUUGUAUCGGUUGAGACAGUCGCAGGAUUUGAACAAUAUUACCGACGGACUGAUUGGCCGAUUGUGUCGGCUGUUUGCCAAACAAGUUAAGCCGUUUGUCCAACGAUUAACUGGUCUCGAGCUGAACGACAACAUUGCGCUAACUGUCAGCCGAUACGAGCAAAAUGACUAUCUUUUAUGUCACGACGAYGCCAUCGAAGAGGAUACCGACGGCCGAAGAGUGGCUUUUAUACUAUAUUUAGUUCCCGAUUGGACGGCCAGUGACGGCGGACUACUCGAUUUGUUUGACUCAAACGAUAGAGGCGAACCGACCGACAUUGUGGCAUCAGUGGCGCCCAAAUGGAACCGAUUUGCYUUUUUCGAGGUCAGUCCCGUUACUUGGCAUCAAGUAUCGGAAGUAGUUAGCGAUUCAAAGAUACGACUCAGUGUUAACGGCUGGUUUCACGGACCGCGUAUUGUACGACCGCAACCCAAUUUGGAACCACARUUAACGACCGAACCGGCCACCGAUGUACCGCUCGAUGUGGUCCAGUCGUGGAUCAAUCCGCUCUAUUUGGACGAUUCGACUCAAUGGGAGAUCAGAUCGCGUUUCGGCGAUCUAUCCGAAAUUGUUUUGCAAGAUUUUUUCGCCUACGACAAGUACCACGAGUUGGCCCGAGCGCUAAAAGAUAGCGAAGCUAUUGUCUGGCGUCGUACGGGACCGCCGAAUAUGCGCCGCUACGACAGCGCAUCAGUCAACAGUUGUCCGGCUAUUGUACUCGAAGCCUACGAACUGUUCCGAUCGGAAGCCAUGUACUUAAUACUAUCGAAUCUGACGGGUCUUAAACUACACGAGUUGGCCAUUGCUGCUGAUGAUGACGAUGACGACGACUCKGAAGAUAACAACUCAUCUGAAAAUAAUGAAUCAGAUGAAGAUAGCGACCAUAAACAUAACGAUGGUAUAGCUAUUACUGCCGAAAACAGUAACCCUCGUAGUAGAGGUGAAAUCAGACGAUGGUCUCCAUCGUACUAUACCUUAGUUCACGACAAUUCGGCUGAAUUGCUUGAAAAGUCGGCCGCWCUGGACGUUAUCAUACAUUUUAAUUGUGAUAAUCGCGAGUUUGACAGAGAAACCGGUGGUUUUGUAUCAUAUAUUGGCAAAGGCGUAGAUGAAGAACUGUUGACAAUUGAUCCSUACAGUAAUAAUCUGAAUAUUGUCUACAGAGAUGGCAAAACAACUAGAUUUGUCAAAUAUAUUAACAGUAAAUGUGUGGACAGUAUCUAUGAUAUGAGUUUUGUGUACUUCCAAUAAUU